UUUCUUUAGGAAGGAAGGUUGUGUUAGAAGUCUGUUAUACUGAAGAGUUUCUUUUUUGUCCAUUUAUAGUAACGACUUUUAAAGCAUCGUGUAGUUAUUAUUUUUUAUUCUUAGAUUGCAAUCGUUGGCAGAUUGGAGUCUUUUCCGAUUAUGCCCAUGGAUGAAGUGGAUAGUGGAGUGGAUGAAGUCAGUGUCCCAGAAAGUAGAGAAGGUUCUCCGGCCGCCAAAAAAGAUAAGGAAAGCAUGGCUCUGGCAGUAAAUAAUGCUGAUCCAGUCGAAGAGGAUGACGACAUUGAUGAAACAGUAAUGGAGAGACUAUGGGGUCUCACAGAGAUGUUUCCCCAAUGUGUUCGAAAUGGUACUUGGACCGUAACAACUGGGGCUCUCUCAACUGCAAAGGUUUUGUACAGUUUUAGUCGUUCAGCAUUAUGGAUAUUUUUUUCUUCUUCAGCCAUAUUAUUUGCUCCUGUAAUAUUUGAAAUGGAACGAAUGCAGUUACAAGAAGAUCAAAGACAACAACAAAGACAGGUAUAAUUAAUUAUAUCUCUUAUCUG